AUGGCCCCGCUUCGUGCCGCUGCUACCGCCGCCCUUUUACUGAUCUUGGUUCUCGUUUCUAAAUGUGGCACAUUGGAUGUUGAAAUCAUCUAUGGACUCUUGAAUCAUUCUAUAUCUCUCCCUUUGUCAAAACCCACUGAUGUAUCUGAAAUUGUGUUCAAGCUCAAUAACCACAAAGUAUUUGAAUGGGAAAACGAGGAGACAAAUUAUUUCGGCUCAUUUUCGCAGAAGUUUAAUUAUACAGACGAAAGUGUUUUGAUACCGAGAUUACAGAAGGAGGAUACUGGAAAUUACACAGUAGAUUUCAUAUUUUCUGAUGGAACGAUUAGGAAAGACAAAUUCUUCCUGAAAGUACUUGAACCGCUUGCAAUUCCAGAAGCUAGCUGCAUUAGAAAUUAUUCUGUUGUUACACUCAUAUGUGGUCUAAAUAAUGAAGGUGCUGAUAUUACCGUUGAAUGGAAGUAUCAUGAUAAUCCUGUGACCCCCAGUGACGACUUUGUCUUAACUAAUGAAAACAAGUCUUUAACGAUAAGCAGCCCUCAUUCUUUUUCUGGAGAGUAUACCUGUAUUGCAAAACAACCAAAAGACAGCAGCCAAAGUGCUCCUUUGCUUUUGUCAAAAUGCCUUGAAACAGAAGAAAAUGGUCGUAAACAUUAUUGUCUGAUAUUUUCCGUAUUGAGUUUGGUUGCUGUCAUCUUGUCCUUGCUGUUCGUACAGAAACGUAAGAGUAAGACAGAAGACCGAGCACCAUCUCAGGAAUAUAACAAAGUGCCGCAAGGUAACAAUGAGUCAGAAGAGAGAGCAUCAGAUCUGCAAAAUUAUUGUGAAGAGUCCUUGCAAGGUGAACCUAAGAAUAUUGAUGAAUGCGCUGAGAAAGCUGUUGGAUCCUAA